AUGUCUGACGGUGGUGAUCACACCAAACCAAAAGGAGGCCAGCCGCCUACGCCUUCCAAGAGACUGAGCGCAGAGGCUCUUGAGAAUCAGGGCAUCCAACAAGGCGUUGAAUUUGAGAGUGCUCUUCCUUGCCUUCGAUGCUUCAACGCCGCGCUCACAUUGGCGUCAAAUACCAUCGCAACUCUUCCGGGACAGCCCAUCGAUGUGCCCACAUUCGACUGCACGUUUCCCUGCAUCAACUCCAAGAAGUGCACGAACUGUGACAAGAACCUUAGUAACCGUAUGCCUACACGAGCCUGA